AUGGUGGAGGUGGGAAAGGAGAAGUUCCAUAAAUCCCAACAUUGGGGCUUUUGCAACAAUGUAAGGAUGCUAGUAAGUGAUGAGAAACCUGGAAUAGGUGGAGUACCACUUAUUGGGCAAAAGAUAAAGCCUAAAUAUGGUGCAUAUCCUAAAGGAGAAGGAAUUGAUGUGCCAUCCUGGGUAGCUUUUGAUAAACAGGUAUUAUCUUUUGAUGCCUAUGUGGAAGAUGAAGUGCCUGAUAAAAACCAAGAAAACUAUAGAAUAAGAUACUAUAAAAUCUACUUCUACCUUGAAGAUGACACAAUUCAAGUGAAUGAACCAGAGGUGAAAAAUAGCGGACUGCCUCAAGGGACUUUUAUCCGCCGUCAUCGGAUUUCUCUCCCACCCCCUGAUGAUGAUCAGUUUUAUACUGUAUAUCAUUUCAAUAUCAACACAGAUGUUGUCUUCUAUGGCCGGACAUUCAAGAUUUAUGAAUGUGAUGCAUUCACAAAAAACUUUUUGAAGAAAAUAGGAGUGAAAUUAAACCCCCCUGGACAUUGUCCAGAAGAUCCUUAUAUGAAGGUGCGGAGAGAGAAACUAGACUGUGUAGAUCCCUUUCGUCCUUAUGAGUCCUUUGACACUCUGAAACAGUUCCUCCAAUAUGAUGGGAAGGUUUUGCGAUUCUUCUGCCUAUGGGAUGACUCAGACUCGUUGUUUGGGGACCGGAGAGAACUCGUCCUGCAUUACUUCUUGUCUGACGAUACUGUGGAAAUCAAAGAAGUGAUACCACACAACUCAGGCCGAGAUGCUAUGUCAUGGUUCCUCCGGAGGAGUAAGCUACCCAAGCACGGCCCACCUGGGAUCUAUCAACCAGGCCAGAUAACAGACCGAGCAGUUCUCAAAGUGUAUGGUGGCUUGGCAGAGAAGCGAGUGGAUGGCUACCUGUUAGAUAAAUACAAGCUAGGAAAACUAGACCAAGAGUAUUACAAAGAUAGUGACCUGACUAUAGGAACCUACAUCAAUGUGUGGGGAAGGAAAGUGCUCCUCUGCGACUGUGAUGAAUUUACAAAGUCUUAUUUUAAGGCUAAAUAUGGAGUUGAGAACUUUACCUCCAUUUCGUGCAAGGCUCCUCCUCUUCCAAAAAUAGAAAGGAAAUUUCCACCUUACAUGGGCUUUGGAUCUGAAGAGGAUUCUCUCCGUUCCUGCAUAGGCCUUGUGCCCACACCUCACCAGAGAAACUUCAAGAAAUGCAUGGAAGAAGACAGGUAUGGCAAUGUAAGCAAUAUACUCCGGUUUUUUGCAAAACUAAUCACAGACAAAUGUGCUGAUGUGGACAGGAUGUUUGUUAUUUCAUAUUUUCUCAGCGAUGAUACACUUUCAGUGUUUGAACCUAUAGAGAGGAAUUCAGGGCUCACUGGUGGGAUGUUUUUGAAAAGAAUUCGUGUUAAGAGGCCUGGACAAGAAAUCUUUAAAAGUGAACUAUCAGAAUAUAUCAAGUCUGAGGAGCUGUAUGUUGGAGCCAAACUGAAUGUGAAUGGCUACCUAUUUCUUUUGCUCAAUGCUGAUGAGUACACCUUAAACUACAUGGAGAAUAAUACAAACAGGUUUCCGUUUAGCAGCAUCGAAUUUGCCCUACAAAAGCUGAAAGACUUAGAAUCGAAAUCAAAAGAUAUCAAGCAGGUAUUUGCAGCUGCUGACCCUAGACACACAAAGGUUUUGGAUUAUAAUACAUUCAGAGAUUUAUUGAUGAAUGUAACAUCUAGGAGGCUUAUAGACCAGGAGGUUAUCACCAUUGCACGCUACUACCGUGUGCCUGAGGACAUGAGUACAGAUGUGAAUAUCUUAAUUGCACAGGCCCAUGAAAAGCUCAAGAAAAAUAUAUAUGAGAAUUUUGACAGACUCAUUUUUAACUGUGUGUAUGAAGAUCGAGAAAAAAAACAUGUAUUACCCACCAAAGACAUCCAAAGGCUGUGCAAGUCCUCCAGGUUACCUUUGAGUGAUGAUCUUCUAGGAAACUUACUAUCCAGGUUUGAAGAUAGUGAACAUCAAAUAAAUUAUGAGUCAUUUUUCUCUGCCCUGAACUGGAGAAUGAAUCCAAUGCCUGAAUUGUCAGCCCCAUCGUACCUUAAAGAGAAAUGUGAAGAUGUUUGGCUCGGAAUGCCAUCACCUAUUCCUGUGAAAUUCAUUAGAUACUUAGACCUUUUGAGGGAUGUGUUUGGCUUAGAGGAGGAGGAACCAUGAGACACUUUGAAUCAACUUCCUUUGAUGUACCUCUCUAAUUUUGCCAAGUUUAUUUUAGUAGAUAUAAUUUUAUUAAAUGCAAAAAGAAACAAGGUUCAUAUUGAAUAGAAAUCUAU